AUGGAAGAAGAAUUAGAUCCUUCAGUUCCUGAUAUUAUUAUCAAUAGUCAUUCAUUAUAUUGGUCAGAUUUAGAUAAACCAAAAUUUCUUAGUUCAAUGGUCGUAUGUGCAUUUAAUAUGAAAUGUUUAUUUUAUCCAAUUGGUCUUAUUAAAACACGAAUGCAAACACAACAAAAAUAUCGUCAUACAUUUGAUGCUAUACGAACAAUAUUGUUAAAAGAAGGCGGCUUCAAAGGAUUAUAUCGAGGAUUUAGUUUUAAUUUAUAUAGUUUAAUUUUAGAACCAGUGUAUAUUGGAACAUUAGAAUCAACACGUACAAUAUUAAUGAAUAAAAAAUGGAGUAAAACAACGACUAGUUUUUGUGCCGGUGGUGCAGCAUCACUUUGUCAACAAAUAUUUUUAGUUCCUAUCGAUAUUGUUACUCAACGUUUAAUAAUCGAAAAACAGACUAAUAAAAAACUAAUAAUUCAAUCUAUAUAUCGAAAUGAUGGUUUAAUUGGAUUUUAUAAAGGCUUUUUACUUCAAUUAUCUGUUAAUAUUCCAUUCUCAUCAUUACUCUGGACAUUAUAUUGGCGAAUUCAAUCAUAUUUAGAAAAAUGGAAUAAUUCAAUAACAUCACCACUUUCUGCUGCUCUUGCAUCGUCAACAGCUACUUUACUUACACAACCAAUUGAUGUAAUCAAAACAAGACUACAAAUACAACACAAAAGACAGCCAUUAAAGAAAACAUUUCAAAUAUUAUUGAAUGAACGAGGAUAUAAAGGAUUAAUGAGUGGAUAUUUUCCACGAUGUCUCAUUGUUAUGGCAACAGCCUCUACCAUGACUGUUUCAUCUUCUUCAACAUUUGUUAACGAGCAUUCCUGUGAUACACCUGAUUGUAAUGAAAAAGCAAAAUUAAGAUGUCCAAACUGUAUCAAAUUAGGUUUACAGAAUGGUUCGUAUUUCUGUUCACAAGAGUGUUUCAAAGGCUAUUGGACUGAACAUAAAAAAUUACAUUCGCAAGCAAAACAACAACAGCAACAAUCGCAAACUGAACAAACUGAUUAUUUUCCGUGGCCUGGUUUUCACUUCACCGGGAUGUUAAGACCAUAUCCACUGUCACCAUUACGAUCUGUACCUUCGACAAUCGAUCGUCCUGAUUAUGCUGACAAUGAGGCUGGUCGCUCAUUAUCAGAAGAAGGUGAAAAAUCAUCGAGUUCAACAAUUAAAGUGUUAACAGAAGAUGAACAGGAACAAAUGAGAACAACAUGCAAACUCGGUCGUCUGGUGCUAGAUGAAGCAGCUCGAUCAUUACGCAUUGGUAUGACAACAGAUGAAAUCGAUCGAAUUGUACAUGAAGCUUGUAUUGAGAACGAAUGUUAUCCAAGUCCAUUGAAUUAUUACCAGUUUCCAAAAUCGUGUUGCACAUCGGUGAACGAAGUUAUUUGCCACGGUAUUCCCGACCAACGACCAUUACACAAUGGAGAUAUUUUGAAUAUUGAUGUUACUGUUUACCAUCGUGGUUAUCAUGGAGAUUUAAAUGAAACAUUUUUAAUUGGACAAGUGGAUGAGAAAGCCAAAGAUUUAGUUCAAACAGCUUAUGGAUGUCUGGAAAAAGCUAUUGAAUUAAUUCGACCUGGCACAAAAUAUCGUGAUGUUGGAAAUGAAAUUCAAAAAUAUGCAACAGCAAAGGGAUGUUCAGUCGUGAGAACAUACUGUGGUCAUGGAAUACACAAAUUGUUUCAUUGUGCACCAAACAUACCACAUUAUGCAAAAAAUAAAGCAGUUGGAGUUAUGAAACCAGGCCAUACAUUUACAAUAGAGCCUAUGAUCAAUAUGGUUACAGCUUUCUAUCGAGUUGUAUUAUGUUUAGGAACAUGGCAUGAUGUAAUGUGGCCCGAUAACUGGACUGCAGUAACUGAAGAUGGUAAAUUAUCUGCUCAAUUUGAACAUACAUUUCUUGUGACAGAUAGUGGUUGUGAUAUUCUGACUGCAAGAGAAAAUGGACGACCAUGGUUUAUGGAUCAACACAUUGUAUAA